CUCCUAAUGAGGGCUGCACCGGCUCGCUCCACACCCAUAAAAACCCUGGUUGGACGUCAAAGCGGAUUCGUUUCGGUGAUGCUGGGAUAAAGGGGCGCAGCGAGGACUGGCUCCCCCCCUGCCAGCCCAGCCGAGCCCAGCGCCGCGCCGGGAGGGAUGCGGGGCCGGGCACGGGCGCGGGGCCGGGCACGGCUCCUCUCCGCCGCACGAUAAAGAAGCUCGUGGACGGUCUGCGGGGAUGCCGGUGAAGUGAGCGGGCUGCCUCCCCCUCUCUGCCCAGCGCAGGACCAGAGGCUGACUGGAAGCUGGCAUGUUGCCCCCUCCAGCCCCUGCUUGGCCACGCGAUGCCCAGCCUUGCCUGCCCUGCCUGCCCUGCCUGUCCUGUCCCUAGCCUUGCUUCCCACCCGUGACACCCCCUGCCCUUCCCCGGGUGUUUCAGAGCGUGGUGACACCGAGCAUGCCGCAGAAAGCCGCCCCGCAGCCGAAGCCCUGAGGAGCUUCCCAGUUAAGAGCAGUUCCCCAAGAGCCAGAGUUGCCCCUUCCCCGCCCCGGCGAGGACGAGCAUCUCCGACGGCGGAUCUCUCUGCGCUCAGCGGGUGUCGAGGUCCUGGUCUGCAGGCUCGAGGAGGGGCUGCCAUGGAAGAGAAUGUGUUCAGCGUGCAGCAGAUACAGCCCAACGUCAUCUCGGUGAGGCUCUUCAAGCGCAAGGUGGGCGGCCUCGGCUUCCUGGUGAAGGAGCGCGUCAGCAAACCGCCCGUCAUCAUCUCCGACCUGAUCCGGGGAGGGGCUGCGGAGCAGAGCGGCCUCAUCCAGGCUGGGGACAUCAUCUUGGCCGUCAAUGGCAGGCCCCUGGUGGACAUGAGCUAUGAGACGGCGCUGGAGAUCCUGAGAAGCAUCGCCUCUGAGACCUACGUGGUCCUCAUCCUGCGGGGCCCCGAGGGCUUCACCACUCACCUGGAGACCACCUUCGCGGGCGACGGGACGCCCAAAACCGUCCGCGUCACCAGACCCCUCUGCCCAGCUCCGAGGGCGGUUGACUUGUCCAACCCAAGCCCGCACGGCAAAGAGCAGCCGCAGCCCGAGCGCGCCAUGGGCUCCCUGUGGACCAGAGAGAUCGGGAGGGAGGUGGAGCCGAUGGCCCACAUUAACGGCGUCGUUACCGGCGGCAAAGGGCAGGACGCCGGGAAGGGCAAGGAGGGGGCUUGUGGCCACCCGUGCCUCAACGGCGGCGUGGAGGACAACGAGCUGCUCAAAGAGAUCGAGCCCGUCCUGGAUCUCCUGAAGAGCAGCAGUAAGGGCAGCGAUGGAGAUGCGCCCUCCAAGGUAGAGACAAGGGAUAUAGAAGUCCAGGUGGACUGUUUCAGGGAAGGGGAAAACAAUCCUCAGAAAGCUUUCCCGGCUCGGAUGGAGAACGAUCGUGUCCUGGGCGACCUGUGGGGGAAGAGCAACGUGCCCAUGGUCCUGAACAACCCCUACUCCGAAGCAGAGCAGCCACCUCCAUCCGGGCGUCAGUCCCCGACCAAGAACACGGCCAACGGGAGCCCUUCCAAAUGCCCGCGGUUCGUGAAGAUCAAGAACUGGGAGACGGGCUCUGUGCUCCACGACACCCUGCACCUCAAGACUGCCAUGGCCACCGCCUGCACCGAGCAGAUCUGCAUGGGCUCAGUGAUGACCCCCAGCCCUCACAUCCGCAAGUCAGAGGACACCAGGACAAAGGAGGAGGUGCUCCUGUUGGCCAAGGACUUCAUUGACCAGUACUACUCCUCCAUAAAGAGAUCUGGCUCCAAGGCCCACAUGGAGAGGCUGGAGGAGGUGACCAAGGAGAUUGAAGCCACUGACACCUACCAGCUGCGGGACACCGAGCUCAUCUACGGAGCCAAGCACGCCUGGAGGAACGCAGCCCGCUGCGUGGGCAGGAUCCAGUGGUCCAAGCUGCAGGUGUUUGAUGCCCGGGACUGCACCACAGCCCACGGGAUGUUCAACUACAUCUGCAACCACAUCAAAUAUGCCACCAACAAAGGGAACCUCAGGUCUGCCAUCACCAUCUUCCCGCAGCGGACGGACAGCAAGCACGACUUCCGCAUCUGGAACGCCCAGCUCAUCCGCUACGCCGGCUACAAGCAGCCCGACGGCACCAUCCUGGGAGACCCUGCCAACGUGGAGCUCACAGAGAUCUGCAUCCAGCAAGGCUGGAAGGCGCCGUACGGACGCUUUGAUAUCCUGCCUCUGCUCCUCCAAGCCAACGGCAACGACCCAGAGCUCUUCGAAAUCCCCCCGGAGCUCGUGCUGGAAGUGCCCAUCCGGCACCCCAAGUUUGAGUGGUUCAAGGACCUGGGGCUGAAGUGGUAUGGUCUGCCAGCAGUUUCCAACAUGCUCCUGGAGAUCGGUGGCCUGGAGUUCUCCGCCUGCCCCUUCAGCGGUUGGUACAUGGGCACCGAGAUCGGCGUCCGCGACUACUGCGACAACUCCCGCUACAACAUCCUGGAGCAAGUGGCCAAGAAAAUGAAUCUGGACAUGAGGAAAACCUCCUCGCUGUGGAAGGACCAGGCCCUGGUGGAGAUCAACAUUGCUGUGCUGUACAGCUUCCAGAGUGACAAGGUGACCAUCGUGGAUCACCACUCGGCCACGGAGUCCUUCAUCAAGCACAUGGAGAACGAGUACCGGUGCCGUGGGGGUUGUCCUGCCGACUGGGUGUGGAUUGUCCCGCCCAUGUCUGGCAGCAUCACCCCAGUUUUCCACCAGGAAAUGCUCAACUACCGCCUCACCCCCUCCUUUGAGUACCAGCCGGACCCCUGGAACACCCACGUCUGGAAAGGGGUCAAUGGGACACCCACCAAGAAGAGGGCCAUUGGAUUUAAGAAGUUAGCAAAGGCUGUGAAGUUCUCAGCCAAGCUGAUGGGACAGGCCAUGGCCAAGAGGGUCAAGGCCACCAUCCUGUACGCCACGGAGACGGGGAAGUCCCAGGUCUAUGCAAAAACUCUGUGUGAAAUCUUCAAACACGCUUUCGAUGCCAAGGUGAUGUCCAUGGACGAGUACGACGUCGUGCACCUGGAGCACGAAACCAUGGUCCUGGUGGUCACCAGCACCUUCGGCAACGGGGACCCCCCCGAGAACGGAGAGAAAUUUGGCUGCGCGUUGAUGGAGAUGAAGAAUCCCAACUCCCACCUGGAGGAGAGGAAGAGCUACAAGGUCCGUUUCAACAGUGUCUCCUCUUACUCGGACGCUCGGAAAUCCUCCAGCGAUGGCCCUGAUUCCAGGGACAACUUUGAGAGCACGGGGCCUCUGGCUAACGUCAGGUUCUCCGUGUUUGGGCUGGGCUCACGUGCCUACCCCCACUUCUGCGCCUUCGCCCGGGCCGUGGACACGCUCCUGGAGGAGCUGGGCGGGGAGAGGAUCCUCCGCAUGGGAGAGGGGGACGAGCUCUGCGGCCAGGAGGAGUCCUUCAGGACCUGGGCCAAGAAGGUCUUCAAGGCAGCAUGUGACGUGUUCUGCGUGGGGGACGACGUCAACAUCGAGAAAGCAAACAACUCCCUCAUCAGCAACGACCGCAGCUGGAAGAGGAGCAAGUUUCGGCUGACCUACGUGGCCGAGGCCCCAGAGCUCACACAAGGACUGUACAGCAUCCACAAAAAACGUGUCUAUGCAGCCCGGCUGAUCACACGCCAGAACCUGCAGAGCCCCAAGUCCAGCCGCCUGACGAUCUUCCUGCGCCUGCACACCGACGGGCACCAGGGGCUGCAGUACCUGCCCGGGGACCACCUGGGGGUGUUUCCCGGGAACCACGAGGACUUGGUCAACGCCCUGAUCGACAGGCUUGAGGAUGCCCCUCCGGCCAACCAGCUGGUGAAGGUGGAGCUGCUGGAGGAGAGGAGCACGGCUCUAGGUGUCAUCAGCAACUGGACAGACGAGAACCGUGUCCCACCGUGCACCAUCUUCCAGGCUUUUAAGUACUAUUUGGACAUCACCACCCCUCCCACGCCCCUGCUGCUGCAGCAGUUUGCUUUGUUGGCCACCAGUGAGACGGAGAAGAAACGUCUGCAGGUCCUUAGCAAGGGCCUGCAGGAGUACGAGGAGUGGAAGUGGUCCAAGAACCCCACCAUCGUGGAGGUGCUGGAGGAGUUCCCCUCGGUGCAGAUGCCCUCCACGCUGCUGCUCACACAGCUCCCCCUCCUCCAGCCACGCUACUACUCCAUCAGCUCCUCCCCAGAGCUGUACCCGGGCGAGGUCCAUCUCACCGUAGCCGUGGUCUCCUACCGCACCAGAGAUGGAGAAGGGCCAAUCCACCACGGAGUCUGCUCCUCUUGGCUCAAUCGGAUACAGCCCGAUGAAGUGGUGCCCUGCUUUGUAAGGGGUGCCCCCGGGUUCCACCUGCCCCAGGACCCCCAGGUGCCCUGCAUCCUCAUCGGCCCCGGCACCGGCAUCGCCCCUUUCCGCAGCUUCUGGCAGCAGCGGCUUUUUGAGAUCCAGCACAAAGGGCUGAAGCCUUGUCCCAUGGUCCUGGUGUUUGGCUGCCGGCAGUCCAGGAUCGACCACAUCUACAAGGAGGAGACGCUCUUUGCCAAAACCCAAGGUGUCUUCAGAGAGCUGUACACAGCCUACUCCCGGGAGCCAGACAAACCAAAGAAAUACGUGCAGGACGUGUUGCAGGAGCAGCUGGCCCAGACGGUGUUCAGAGCGCUGAAGGAGCAGGGAGGCCACAUCUACGUCUGCGGGGAUGUCACCAUGGCCGGGGACGUCCUCAAGACCGUCCAGCGCAUCGUGAGGCAGCAGGGCCAGCUGUCGGUGGAGGAGGCGGGCGCCUUCAUCAGCAAGCUGAGGGAUGACAGCCGGUACCACGAGGAUAUUUUUGGAGUCACCCUGCGUACGUACGAAGUGACGAACCGCCUUAGAUCCGAGUCCAUCGCGUUCAUCGAGGAGAGCAAAAAAGACACGGAUGAGGUUUUCUGCUCCUAACUGGACCCUUCGCCCCAAGGGGAUGCCAAACCAGUCCCAGCACCUGCUGCCCCCUCCAGCUGGAGGGCACUGGGUUUUGUAUUUCACGGACACAGUGGCUCCUUUUCCACGGGGAACUGCCCUUGGAAAGUGCUCUGUCUCUCGUCCUGUUGUUGUGUCCUGAUGAUGAUGAUGAUGAUGAUUUUUAUUUCCUU